CCGACCGAGUUGGGAGCCCAACAUGGCGCUGCUGGGCCGAACUUUCUUUGCUCGGGAGUCCCGGCUGCCCUGUGGUCUCGGUUCUUGGCGGUUUUUCAGUUAUGGAACAAAAAUAUUAUAUCAAAACGCUGAAGCUUUACAUUCUAAAUUCUUCCCACCCCUUCAAAAAGCGAUGCUUGCACCUAAUAGUUUUCAAGGAAAGGUGGCGUUCAUUACUGGAGGAGGUACUGGCCUUGGUAAAGGAAUGACGACUCUUCUGUCCAGCCUAGGUGCUCAGUGUGUGAUAGCCAGCCGGAAGAUUGAUGUUUUGAAAGUUACUGCAGAAGAAAUUUCUUCUCAAACUGGAAAUAAGGUUCAUGCAAUUCAGUGUGAUGUGAGGGAUCCUGCUAUGGUUCAAAACACUGUGUCAGAACUGAUCAAAGUCGCAGGACAUCCUGAUAUCGUGAUAAAUAAUGCAGCAGGGAAUUUUAUUUCUCCCACUGAAAGACUCUCUGCUAAUGCUUGGAAGACCAUAACUGACAUAGUUCUAAAUGGCACAGCCUUUGUGACACUAGAAAUUGGAAAGCAACUAAUUAAAGCACAGAAAGGAGCAGCAUUUCUUGCUAUUACAACCAUCUAUGCUGAGACUGGAUCAGGUUUUGUAGUACCAAGUGCUUCUGCCAAAGCUGGCGUGGAAGCCAUGAACAAGUCUCUUGCAGCUGAAUGGGGUAAAUAUGGGAUGCGAUUCAAUGUGAUUCAACCAGGGCCUAUAAAAACCAAAGGUGCCUUUAGCCGUCUCGACCCAACUGGAGACUUUGAGAAAGACAUGAUUGACAGAAUUCCCUGUGGUCGGCUGGGGACUGUGGAAGAACUUGCAAAUCUUGCUAUUUUCCUUUGUAGUGAUUAUGCUUCUUGGAUUAAUGGAGCAGUCAUUCGAUUUGAUGGUGGAGAGGAAGCAUUUAUUUCGGGGGAAUUCAACAGUCUAAGGAAGGUCACCAAGGAGCAGUGGGAUACCAUAGAAGGACUCAUCAGAAAGACAAAAGGCUCUUAAGACCACUCUGACCUUUAUCUGGUGACAAAUAUGUCGGGGAAUAGAAAUGAUACAAACAAUCAUCAUUUGAGAAUUUCAUGUCUAAUAAAUUGUUAAUUAACAGACA